AUGCAGCAUGCGCCUCGACAGGAUGUGCCUUCACCGUCGGAUCUCAUAACCUCUCUUCUUAGCAGUUCAAGCUCAAUUAUAUUGAGCGAUGUGUCUUUAGAACCGACCUCGGAGCCUACAAGUCUACCUCCAAGUUCAAUUGAAACUAGUCUCCCACCGACCUCUGAACCUACUUCAGCCCUACCAUCUUCCGACCCGACAUCGCUCCUUCCAUCUUCGAAUAUCAUCUCCGAUCCCCCUCCAACGGAUGUCAUUCCUUCUACAACGCCACCAUCGCCAAUACCAACAUCAACCCCUUCCUUUCUUCCUUCAAGCUCUGUGUCAGUCCCGGAAAACAUCACAACAAUCGUGACGUCUGUCUCUGGACAACUUACGACUUUCACCUCCUCCCUACCGACAUCUCUUGUGGAGUCUUCGCCUAAGAACUCCUCGUCACAACGCACCGCUAUUAUAGCCGGAACGACCGCUGGUCUCAUCGGUUUUGUUUUGGUUCUUCUUGUGGCGAUAUUCGUAUAUCGCAAGCGCAAGUUGAACAAGUUCUUUGAGGAGUCGGGAAGGAAGAAAGAGGUCAAGGGUUUGUUGGAUGGAGAAGAGUUCUACGAUGACGACGUUGCUGGACAUCCCCGCAUGCGGUCCCAAAGCCGCGCCAGCGUUGCUGUCGGCGCUACAUCGGCUGCCCGUCUUCGCACAGGCUCCCCUGCACCCGGCCUACUCAAAUCACGAACAUCAGAAUCUGGGUCGAUAUUCAGGGAAGAAGUGUGGCCGCCGCCGGGAUUCGUGGAUCCUAUUUCGCAGAACAGCAGCCAGGUCGACCUCAGUAGGAUAGUUGACGAUGUCAUGGGCCCUGCUACGUCUGAACACGGGCAUCGGAUUGUCUCCGCGUCGGGCUCAAACACAAGCUACCUGGGAAUGCCGUCGAGCCCGCACGGCCGAGGACACACCGAUGCUAGUACCACCUCUACUAUCUCCUCUCAAUUCUCGACCAACAGCAGUGUAGCUCUACGGCUGAGCUCUGCCACCUAUACAGACCCCUUCCGUUCAUCGCCGUCCUUUUAUUCCUAUUCCGCGCUUCCUCCGGGUGCCUCGCCACCAAUACCUCCAGGUUCUUCGGUGCUAGCAACGACCUCGAAACCUUCACCGACAAUACCCACCCCAUCAGCGCGGGCUCCUCCCAGUUCGAGCGGUGGCACUGUAUACCCACCAAUGGUGCCGCCUGCAGGUUCUUCACAGUCAACAUCUCUGCAGCCAUCACCACCAAAGGCUUCGCAACCACUCAAGUCCAGCCCUUUGGCACGGGCUUUGACGGAGGACGCUCGAAUCUGGCUUGGACGCCCUCUACACCAUCCCGAUAGGACAAGCAAGCUUCCUGAUCCUUGA